CUGCACUGUAGAGGGCGCAACUGCACAGGAGGGAACCGUACGAAAAUGUAAACAUAAAUUGAGAGAAGAGACAUUUAUUUUUUCUAAAAUACAAAUUAGGAUUGCUAGUUGAUUACAGUUUAAUUAGAAAUGGCAGCUUUUGGUCAUAAUCAGCUUCAGUUUAACCUUGCAUGUCCACCAAUGGCGUCAAGACUUGCAGUACGAUUUCACAAACCCGAGCCGAUCAAAUUUGAAAAGUUAAGAUACAUCGACGCAAACAAGCAAUCUUAUCAGAACAGCUCAACAGAAAUGAAUGGUGGUGAACAGUUUAAUCUGGCUUCAGUUUCUCAAGAAAGGAUGUCUCUAGCUAUUCAACUGGCAAAAAGAGAUGUAAGGAGAAAGAACCAGAGUCAGAAUGUUCAACCAGAACGUCGUUCCUUAUCCCCAAAGGUAUCCAGAUCCAAAACUAAGAUCAUUCAUGGGAAGGAAUAUUGGGAUAGACAGAGAAAGUGGCAGUCGCGAACCAAGAAGCCUCUCAGUGCAAAAGAACAUGAUAAAAAUAGACAAGUUAAGGUGGUACAAACCCAAACUCCUAGAUUGUCCACAAGAAGUCAUUUACCAGUGACCACCAACAGCCCGCCAACAAGAGAUACAGACAGAUACCCAUCUCACAAGUGUGUGAUAGAUCGCCAAGAGCCUGCCGAUGAGGUGGAGAAGUUACAACAGGAAAUGGAAAACUACCUUCACCAGAUACAGGUCAUUGAAGAGAAAGCCAUCAAUGAACAAAAUGUGGCUUUCCUCCAUCAACCACGCACAAAAAAAAAGGAUGGGUAUCUUUCCGAUGAAGAAGAUGACAGACGUCGCAUGGUCAGAGCAGAUGAACAUGCGACACGAGCAGCGAGGAAUAUAUACAACCUUCGACAGCAAGUGCGGCAGAUCCAGAGAGAGAUUAUGACUCUUGGACCAGACAAGGCUAAGCAUACAAAAAAGAGUCAGGUAAUGGCCAAGUUGGCCUCGGCACACCGAGGUGCAGUUCGGGCGAUCCAGACAUUUGUCAUGCAGCUGCCAAACCAUGAUCUGAGACAAGGUCUUCCAUCAACCUAUCAGGAACUGGCUCUUCUAAUCCGGCAGUUGACACAGCUCAGUGUGGAGAUUAAACAGGGAGAAAACAGCAAGGUGCAGCAGGAACUGACCAACAUGCUGGAUAAUGUUGAGAAAUUAAAUACUGCCUGGUGUCAACAGAUGCAGGUUUCACUGCAACAACAGCAGUCUGAACAAAGUUGUUCUCGAGUUAGUCGGCCACCAUUUCAGACUGAUGGACAGUAUUGCCAAAAGCAAAUAAAAGCUCACGGAAAGGAAAACAAACCAAGAGGAGUUUUUAAAAAGACUGUAAAAGGAGGUGAUAAAGUCAAACAAACAAGAUCCCAGUUUCAACUUUGUUUACUAGACAUUACUUCAAAUGUGUUUACAAAAAGAGCCAUUUUUGACCCGUGCUGUCCACCUUAUUUUUAUAUUUUCAUUAAUUGCAGGCAGAAAAGUUUUUCAUACGGUUCAAGACAUCGCCUACCUUCUCCUGUCACAUCUCGGAGUUUCACAUCGACCCCACCGUCUUCCCCUAGUCGACAAUCUGCCAGUAAGGUUGGCAGUCGAUCCCCGCAUACAGCGAGAAGAUCUGCUAGAUCAAACAGAGUUGUGAUACGUGAUAUAGAUCAAGACACCGUGAAACGACUUUUUGGGGGAGAAGACAUAGAACAAUUUAAGAGAAGGGGAGAGCCAGAGUUGUCACCAUCCAGCUCUUCAACUACUCUAAGACCAAGAUCAGACACUCGGCGGCCUCAAGAUCAGAAUGAUGACAGUGACAAUGACGUUGAUCUGAUGAUCCUGGAUGAUAUUCUUACCGACACAACUCACGAAUUACAGAGGUUAGAGCAUGAACAGGAGGCGACACGUGAAGCAAUCCGUCUGCAGGAUAGACCGACUCUCAACAACCUGUACACGAGACUGGAACAGAUGGAGCAAGAACAAAAUGACAUUCGAAGAAGAUGGGCGUCGGUGGUCUUUGAAAACCCAGAACCAAAGACUAAUUAUUUUACCACCAAAGAUCUAUUAUCAGACCGGCCACGAUCUCCUCCCGCAAUAGAAGUGACAAGGAUCAGAAGCCAAGGCACUGAAGGACGAGCAAUGUCAUUUCCACCACAGCCUGUGGCAGCACCAGUUCUUUUCACGAAGAUACAACCAGCGACAGUUUGGCAAGAAAGGUUCCCUCGUGACAGGCAGCAGACUUCACAGAUGGAACCAGAGACGGUUCCGCCAUUUCGCCGACUGAAGACACAGCUCUCAAUUCCACAAACUGUUGUGGAGCGGAUCGUCAACAACAAGGAAGACUUUGAGCUUCACCUCAAGAAGAUGUCUCACCAUCCAUUUGGAAAGUUCGAUCCCUGGAAGCUGGUUGAAGAGAUCACCGAUCAGCUGAUGGACGAAUGUUUUAGAGAUGUCGCAGAAGAGAUGGAGGACAUCAGUGAAGGCAUAGCCAACAACAUGUACAAGUCCGAGUUCAUGGUCACUGGUGGUCAGUCACCGAGCAGUGGUCAGUCGCCAAGCAGUGGUCAAUCACCAGGUAGUGGUCAGUCUCCAGGUAGUGCGUGGUCUGCUGGUGUUCGUCAAUCUCCUGGUAGUUAUCGGUCACCUGGUCGUCCUGGUAGUAGGCGGUCACCAGGUAGUGCACGGUCUCCUGGUAGUGCGCAGUCUCUUGGUAGUGGACACCAACCACACCGUGUAGAGUCGCCAGAUGGUGGACAGCUACAUGAUGAUCGAGAGCUCUCAUAUGAUGGGGUAGCUGGUGAGGACGACGACGAGGAAAUAGCACAGGCCGAUGAGGAGGAGGACGACGAUGAUGAAUGGCAGAGCGAUUCGGGUGAUGAAAGCCUGACUGAAGAUCUUUGAUACUUGGAACAGGUGGAUUGUAACCUGUAUAAGAAAGGUGUGGGGAAAACAGCUGUAAUUCUACAGAUGGAAAAGGUGUAGCAAGUUCUCACAGGUUGGAUUGGAAAGAUUUAGAAAGCAAGCUUUAAUGCAACAUGCUUUGAUGAGAUGGCUUUACGAAGACUGCUCUAAUAGGCCUACCGAAGACUCGUUUCGAAUGCUCAAGAUAUAAUGGGAAAGGUCGACAAAGACCACUAUAAUACCACAAUAGAGGCAAAGAGGAAAAUGAAAACUGGAUCGACUCAGUUCACACUACUGUCUUUCAGUUGUAAAAACUUAGAUUUUUCUUAAUAUGCCCUUUAACCAAGUUUAGUUGGUGUGACAGUUUUAAUGUAAAUAGUAAAAGUCAUGGUGAUCCACCUUCCAAGCCAAUUUACCUCAGAACAUAGUUGUAUUGCAUCUGAACAGUGUGGAAAAUGUCAGAAAUUACUAGCAGUGAAGACAGAGCUACCUGUGAUGUUUGUACUGGUUAAGUAUUUUAGCAAUUUUCAUUUAGCAAGGAUAUUCAAAUGUAGUUAGUGUAGGUUUAGGAUUCACUCCCAUGAGUAAAACAUACACACACACCAAUUACUGAUUUAACUAGGUUCAUCGACAUUAACAAAGUGAAUCAGAAUUUUAUUAUUAAAACAAAACUGUCAAGAGUAAAAUUUUGUUUUCUAUCGUGUGCUUAAACCUUCCAUAGUUACAUAUAAGAAUUAUUUAUUAUACCACUAAAAGAGGAAUAUGUAUUUAUUAUACCAAAUAUUAACAUAUUACUACAUAAUGAUGUGAUAUAUUUUAUUCUUGAGCUUAGAUAAUUAGAAAGAAUUUAUCUUCAGAAUCAGUAUUUAACAUUACUUAAAGAAUUAAUUUUAUUCUUCAUUAACACUAAACAAAACAAGAGAUUGUGAAAAAUCUGUAAAUGAAUUAAAAUAUAUUUAUAUUGA